AAGGGGUACUAUCAUCAUGUGGGAGGCUCAGCUUCGAUACCCGGUGGCUCUCGCAGACUUGGCCCUCACAAUGGACAUCAUGUCACCGGCUCUGGCACGAUAACCACCGAAUUUAAUGGUCACCAUCCACCGCGAGAGCCCCGAAAAGAAGAAAACACCCUUGUAAGACGGAGCUUCCGGAGAAGUGGGGAUGAAUGGCGCGCCGACAGUCGGAGGUUCACUGAGAGAAGGGGGAAAAAGACAGUGCGUUUUGACGGUGGGACCAAUGUUGCCGGCGAACAAGAGGAUUGGUCUUGGGAGGCUGACCGACAGGGUAGUCAAGAUAGCGCCACCAAAGAUUCCGGUAUAGACACCUCGAGUACCUUCACGAGCAGUGAAGACAGCAACCGAGGUGACUUACCCAAGCAAUCUCAGGCGAGCAGCGACGGCCAGAAAAUAAUAGUCCACAUGAUUCUCCGUAAAUCCGCUGGACCUGGAAGUAUAUUGGGCCUUAAAGUUGCUGGCGGACAAUUAUUGGAUGACGGUAGAAUAGGUGCUGUGAUUGAAAAAGUCAAAGAGGGCACACCCGCGGCUGUUGAUGGUCAAUUGAGACCAGGGGACGAAGUGAUCGAUUGGAACGGGCACUGCCUUCAAGGGAAAAGUUCCCAAGAAGUAGCGAACAUAAUCGCGGAGUCGCGGGACGAAAAUCAAGUGGAACUAAUUGUCGGGAAAAACCACCCCGACGCAACAAAUAAUUCAAUAACCUGUAGUAAUUUACCCUCUGCAACAACGACGUCAAUGGUACCACAGAGACGCAUCGCUGCGCAAGCCCAGUGGCGGCAAACCCACGAAACCAUGCCUAUUUUGCAGCAGCCUCAUCACAGAGCGUGUAACAGACUGAGUGUUACCGUUUUUCGUGCUACUGAAUUAACGCCGAGGAGUAACGGGCAACCACGAAAUCCUUACGCCAAAGUUUAUCUUCUUCCUGACAGAAACGAAAUGUCUAAAAGACGAACGAAAACCCUGGCAAACACAAACGAUCCCAAGUGGAACGAAACAUUCGACUACAAUAUAAGAAAGUCGGAACUGAAACGCAAGUGGUUAGAGGUGUCAGUGUGGGAUUUUACAAUUCACGAGGCCAAUGACUUUUUAGGAGAGGCCAUUUUAGAGCUCAACAAUUUAAACGAAAAAUCACCGUGGCUGUGGCAAAAUUUGGUACCGCAUGAAGAACGUCGACCAAUUGGACAAUAUCACGAGCCAUACGAUGACAUAGCGAUAACUCCAGUUGAUUACCAUCUCAGUCCACCCUCGACGGUAUCCCGUCUGAGUGAUUCGGAUACGUCGGAGUACGACAUCACCGAUUGCGACAUACCACGGGAUCAGAGACGAACCGCAGAUGGUGCCAGCAUCAGCAGCCUCGGCAGUUCAUCUAGCCACUAUUCUAGCCCGCCACCGGAGAGAGAGUAUGGAAGUCUGGACAAUGAACACCGCAGUCGGCGGGACAUGUCGUCGACGGGUAGCAAGAGAGCUGCAUUGAUGAUUUCACGCGACCAGCCAGUCUCUAUAUCUGGCUAUCCACAAUGGAGAAAAGACGAACCAACAGCCAGAAGUAUGAUGGGUCAUAGGUCUCACAGUGCAGCGCCUAUGGACUCGCCUUACCUGCGUUAUCGGGGAAGAUCACAAAGUCCGACCGGCCAUCGUUCGUUAUCACCGCCUGAUCACAGAUCGAUACCUUACACCCACGGAUACAUGCCUACAAGAUUUGGGUCGAGAUCAGCGACCGCAACGCCAACGGGAUCACCUAAAAAACGGCAGUUACCACAAACGCCGUUGUUAAAAGAACGGAUGAUGACGCAGGAUGAUGAAAGACAUCGAUUAAUGAGAUAUCCACACAGACUUGUUCAUACUACUUAUCGAAGCACGGGAAUCGGAGGCUGGGAAAGACAUUACAGCGGGCGAUCAGAUUCGGAUCUGCUGUCAUCAAUAGGUCACGAUCCACCAUCUCUACCCCACGCCCACCGACUCCACCACAGAACACGUCGCGGGCACCUAAGCCCCGACAAAGACGUCCUUGGGGACUUCGGGGACUCUGACAUGGAGAGCAUUAUUUCUGUCGCGAGUAGCGCUUUUAGCACUCAGUCAGAACGACCUCGUGGAUCCCGGGCAUUGAUACCGACAGUUAAAAACAUAUUGGUACCCAGUGUCAUAUCCCAUUUGCCUUUACCACCCUUAUUUAUUAGACGCACUAGGCGUAAGCACAAAAUAAAGCAACCUAUCAGCAACAUAAUCACCACUACUAAUAAUAACAACAACAACAAUAGCAUCACCAACAAAAAUAAAGCUAGUAAUAACAAUCUUAACAAUAAAAACAACCGCAUUAGCAUAAGUAAAGAAUGUAAUCAUUAUCAUCCAAUUAGUUAUAGUAUUAAGACCUGGAAACCCCCAUCAAAUAAGUAUCAUAAUCCCGCCACAUUCAUAUCUGAUACCACUAUAGUAAACAAACCUAAAACCACGACCAAUACCUCAACCCUAACCCAAAAUCAUCUCCUCGUACGGAGCAAAUCCGCAGUUGUACGCUCGAUGCACAGAAAACCGCGUGUGCCUAUCGUGAGAUCGCAGACUGUCGACGACAACCUAUUCCGGUACAAUAUCAGCCCCAGCAACGCUACCAGCAGCACCAGUAACUUUAUCAAAGACUUUUGCAUCGAAAAGCCUUCUAAUUCCGCCGAUAACAUCUGCUGCUACUACGAUUACGAUAAUGGGGCCAGAAAUCGGCCCUACUUUCGUUACACCUCCAAGUAUCCGAACCACGAUGACUUCUUCGUCGAUCUAAGAGGCAGAUCCAAAGUAACCCAAGUGCCUAGGCGUGCCAAAAGUGUCGAAUACGAGUCAGUCUCCAGCAACAUCUUCAGCGACGACAGCCUUAGAACCGCAAGGCGAAAAGUUAAGCGAAAUCUAACUGUGACUGGAGACAAACUGCCGUACAUGAACGACCAGAGCAAGUCUUACUACGAUUCAACUGGCGACAGCUCCAAGGCCUCUGAAAGUGUCGUUGAUUCUGAUCAAGACUUCAACAACGAUCUACGUGUAAGUUAUGGCGUAAGAUAUGGUUCUUACUCGGUGUACCUAGACGAGCACCAUGAUGACAAUUUGGACAAUGAUCACCAAAUUGACAGUAUCAUCGACGCCGUAGAAGCUAGCAGUGAGUACGAAAGACACUUAUACAAAAGACGCCUGGAUAGCCAGUUGAGUCGAGCUAAAUCCGAUGACAAUCAUUACGGGAUUGACAAUGAGCACAUUUACUGCAGCAUUGACAGCAAUCCCGAGUGUCAUUACGCAAGCGUUAAUGAUUAUGAUAGUAGUAGAUUAGGAACUAAAGUGCCAAAUAAUUAUUGUGAUAAGUUAGUUGCUAAUGAUGAGUAUUCUCGUGAUAGUUCUGAUGAUCGGUUGCGUCCAGCCAGAAGAACCAAAAGCACUGAUUCGUAUUUAGAAGAUAGUUAUGAUUACCAUCAUGGUAGCUACGAAGACUGCCGUGGUAGAUCGCGUAGUUUUGCCGGAAGAACCGAAAGGGAGCCCUUUAUUUCCUUCGAAGCUGCUUAUGAUGAAUUCGCUCCUCAGGAGCGGAAGAAUGUUAAAGUUUUGGAGAAAGCGGAAUCCUCACCUACCUUGCAUGAAGAUGACCAGUCGAUGGCCGAUUGGGAAGUCUCCCAGUCCAGGCGACUGUCCAGAAGGAGGCGCAACAGCAGUUGUCCAGAAGCUCGCGAUAUCAGGAACCUUGAAAGUCCUUUGACCGAGGCGGUUAGCAUGAAUUUCUUCAUGGGUUCGGAUGAUGACUUUGGAUCGACGGAGACAGUUGUGGCUCCGGAUUAUCGGAAGGACUCGGGGAAGGAAGAGAGUUCUGGAGGAAAGAUCAGGAGGAAUGACGAUGAUCGUCAUCGUGAAGAGUAUUUUAGGAGUCCUGUUAGGACUGAUCGCUCUGGGUCGUAUCCUGGACCAGCCAGACGUGGGUUUGAUGAUGAGCUGGAGUCCACGAGGAGCCGCAAGACCAGUUGUCCAGAGUGCAGGGACUUGUGGCGCGAGCAUCAUUACACUGUCGCCUAUCCAGAUGGUAGGAAAUCCUCUCGCGGUUCUGCUGAUGGUGAUUGGUCGAGGGAGUUCUGUCCAGACUGCCCCCCGGAACGGGCGAAGAAGCCCCGGGAAGGAGCUCGAGAUGUUGGGAAGAGCAAGAAGAGCGAUAGGCGAUUGGCUGGUGAUGAACGCGAACAAAGUGGCAGCAAAAGGAACGUCGCGAUAAGUGACACGCUCGAGUACUACGAGUACUCGAUGGAAAGCGAGAGCCAGUGCAGCGAAAAUUGCGGAUUUGGCCCGUAUGACUUAUCACUUAGGCCCCGAAACCGAGCACCCCGCCCCGGUAACGCUAAUUCAAAUAUCUUUGAUUCCCAAACCGCUACCUCCGACACUGAUAAAAAUCACCCACGGGUCAACGAUCGUCGUUAUGAUACCGUUCCACGACGCAAACGCCGUGAUUCGUCCGUUAAUGCCAAUGAUGCUGCCAAUGAUGACACUGGUACGUCCUUGAAAUCUGGUUAUAAAUCGACUGACCAUCUCUCCAAAUCGUCCGUUGAUUCCGUCCGAAUCAAUUCCAAUGAUCGUACUGCCAAUCCUGAUAAUCUUCCACGAAAACGCAGUGGUGAUUACAACAGUCCUGGUGGCUCCUACGAGAAGAACACCAGGCAUCAGGUCACCGGUAAUGGCCACAAUGGGCAUCCCAAGAGAGGACAGUUCAGCAGGAGUCUCAGCAAUGCUGACGGACCGCCUGAUGAAAAAGUUGCUGACGGAAGUUUGAGUGACACCGCGGUGGGUCUCCACGUGGAAGAAGCAGCCCGCAGAGCAAGGAAAAGUUCUCCAGGUAGCAAAAGCGGAAGCGGGAGCAGCAGCGGUGGCGGAAGCGCCGUGCAAUACCAAGCCGGCUUAGGAAAAAAGAGUAAUAGCACUAGCCAGCUCUCCGCGACAGAGUGCAUCAGCGUGGUCGGAUCCAACUUGGACUCAAGGAGCUCUGGUAUUGUUACCCGUAAGCGGAACAGCACCCCGAGCAGCUUUCAGAGGUCCCAGGAGGUCGUGCCGAUGUACCAAAGGCUUGGUGCCACCAAACAACCGGGUUCGGUGGCCAGCGACACCGCCGGAUCCCUCAACUCGAUCUCGAGUUCUGAAGCAAGUUCUUGGUCUCCGUGUUUGAGAUCGACGGGCGAAGGAGGGCAACUCAGUGAAUUUAUCGACGGCCUUGGACCGGGUCAAUUAGUUGGCAGACAAGUACUUGGAGCAUCUUCACUUGGUGACAUACAGUUGGCCCUGAAUUAUACCAAGGGCUAUUUAGAAGUCGAAGUUGUUAGGGCAAGAGAUCUCCAGCCGAAACCAGGCAGUAAAGUACUUCCAGCUCCUUAUGUUAAAGUUUACUUGGUGAACGGUAAAAAAUGUAUAGCCAAAGCGAAAACGACUACAGCGAGGAAAACAUUAGAGCCUUUUUAUCAGCAGCCUCUAGCUUUUAGAGAAAAUUUCCAAGGUUGCAUUUUGCAGAUAAUGUUAGACGAUCUGAAUCUCAAUGAAAUGGUGUUCGGAUGGUACAAACUCUUCGGCACCACGUCCCUGGUCAGUGGUCCUCCAUCAGUAGUUUUGUCCCGUCGAUCUUCGGCCAACUCUUUGGAUUCACUAAAACUC